AUGAGGACCUCUCGACUCUCACAGGACACUGCCAAAGUUGUCAAUGCCCUUGCGUCUACUAGGCGGCAGACACGAAGCUCCUUGACGGCAAAUACCUUGAGCAAUUUCAAGUGCUCCGAGACCAAUACUGUGAAAACUUCUCCUAGCAUAGUAUCUCCGAACGUAAAGGGGGAAUUAAGUGAUGAUGUGUCUUCUCUCUCAUCUGCAAACACCACAGACAUCGAGGAUCUGCUGGUUAGCCCGCCAAAAAAACGAAGGCGCAUUACUGAAACAUCGACAAAUAUAAGCUCUGAGACUGCCAAGGGUGCGGUUUCUCGACGCGCCAAGAAAGAGAUUGUCGUGAAAGAGGAGAAAGAAUCUCCAAAUGGCAAGCCUAGUGCGCCCAAACAACGGAGAAAGCCGGCAAGGAAAAUCAAACACUUGGAUGGGUCGGUUGCAGUUGAGCCGCCUUCGAACUGGGAAACCAUGUACGAGAUGGUCAAAAAAAUGAGAGCGGAAAAUCCGACGGCUCCAGUAGAUACCAUGGGAUGUGCUGAGCUUCAUUGGCGGGCUUCGUCGCCGAAAGAUCAGCGGUUUCAGACUCUUGUGGCGCUUAUGUUGUCGUCUCAAACCAAGGACACGGUAACCGCUGUUGCAAUGCAGCGGUUGCAUACCGAGCUCGGAGAGGGGGCAAAGGAUGUGAUUUCUAGCCCUAAAAUCAAGAAAGAAGAAGACGGCGACGAUAUGGGCGUCCACGAAGGGAAGGAUAGUACUUUGAACCUGAAAAACAUUCUUGCAGUCUCCCCAGAGCGGCUGAAUGAGCUCAUACGUACCGUGGGAUUUCACAACAAUAAAACCAAGUAUAUCAAACAAACGGCGGUCAUUCUGCGCGAUCAGCAUGACUCUGAUAUUCCCUCAACUGCAGACGAGUUGAUGAAAUUGCCGGGGGUGGGUCCAAAAAUGGCGUAUUUAUGCAUGAGUGCGGCAUGGGGCAAACACGAGGGGAUUGGCGUUGACGUGCAUGUUCAUCGAAUUACCAACAUGUGGGGAUGGCAUAGCACCAAGAACCCUGAAGAAACUCGCGUAGCGUUGCAGUCAUGGUUGCCAAAGGAUAAGUGGCAUGAGAUCAAUAAGCUCCUCGUUGGUCUGGGCCAGACGGCGUGUCUGCCAGUCGCGAGGCGGUGUGGAGAAUGCGAUCUGGCAGGUACGGGGCUCUGCAAGAGUGAGAUCAAGGGAUUGGUUAGAAAAACGAAAAAGGAAAAAAUUGAGGAGGCUGAAGUAAAGGUCGAGAUGCCUUGA